AAGGCAUCCACCCACAUAAGCCCAGAGGAUAAAACAGGACAUGAGGGAACAGAGCAGGCCUGCAAAGAGGCCCUGUAUACCCACCUCAUGUCUUGCUGAUGCAUAUAUUUUCCACUUUUCCAAGGUAUCUCCCAUCCCUGUGGCUGCAGCCCUCAAAGUCCAAGCUCCAGCAGGAUCGACCAGAGAGAACCCCCAGUGGAGAGAACCCCAAGCAUGCCCAGAUUGACCUCAGUGAAAGGGAGGAAAGGGGAGGAGGGGAAAGAGGAGGAAAAUGAUGAUAAAAGCCCUGGGGCUACUCCAAUACAGCGGCCUGAAGAGGUGAAGAGACUCCAGCAGCUGCAGAAAGUUAAGAAACUGCCAGAAGAGAAGAAAUACACCCAUUGUCACUUCCACAGAAGUGCACAGAUAUUUCAAGACGACCAUGAGUCGAUUGAUAGUGAAGACAGCAGCAUCCUGGCCCAUGAGGGCAUGGCAAAUUCUUGCAUCUAUAAAGCAAGGCAUUGUCCUGAUGUGCUGGAUGUGAUCAUGGGAAACAGCACCCCCAGACUGAAGACAGUGCCGACCAUUGUGAGGGACAUUUACCAAUGGCUCUCAUGCAUUACGGAUGUAUCUAUUGAAUACAGUCUGGAUGAAACCCUGCAGGAGAUGACCCUUGAACAUCCCCAUGAUGUGGUGGUGACCCUCCUGCGGUGUGCCCCAUCGUGUGACAGUGUUGCUAUGACCAUGUGGAGGGCGAUUGUCUCCUCAAGAAGAAUUGCAGAUAAAGUGCUGCCAGAGCUCCUCUGUGUGCUGGAAGACUGGCCGCAGCACAGCACAUCCACCUCUGAUAAGGACAAUGCAGAUGUCUUUUCCUUGGCCGCAACCAGAGCACUGUGGGAGAUCAUUCACCUGCCCCAGUGCCCAGAGAUAUUGAUUAUGUAUUUCCCGCGCCUCUUUGUGGCUCUGCUCUUCCAAGUUUUCUCCAGCACAGACCAGCUGCCAGUGGAGGUCAAAGCCUUCUGGAGGCAAUGCCAGCACAAGCACUGCCUGCCCAGCAACCUCACCAGAUUUGCAUUGGUGACCCUGAAAGCGCUGCUCUGUCACCUUGAUUAUGAGGAUGUGGUGUCUGAAGUUGAACGUGAGUGUGGUUGGGACACACUCCUCAACCCUGACACCCACCACAAUACAAUGGGUCUUCUGGCCAGAACAAUGCUCAGGAUCUCACAGUCCUCUUGUCACCGGAUUGCACGCUACCUGUUCAGGCUGCUCCGCAGAGAGGAAGCCCGCUGGGAGGUCGCUGCCAUGGCUUUCCUUGUUGAGGUCCUACCCUGCCUUAACUUAAAGAACUUAGAUGGACGAAUGCUACAGCUUGUCCAAAUCUACCUGUUGAGGAAGUGCAGUGUAAUGCGUCUCCUGGUGCUCAGAUGCCUCGUGGCACUCUGCAAGAGACCCUCUAUGGCUGAAAGCAUGCAAGACCUUACUGAAAGCCUCACAGAGCUGCUGAAAGAGGAAGACAGGGAGGUGAGGGAGAUGACCCUCUCUGUGCUCAGCGACAUGCUCCUGAACAGAGAUGCGCCAAUUGCUACUUCCAUUGCUCUGCACCUGAUUGAGGCACUCCAGACACUCUUUGUCAAUGAUACUGGUCCUGUGCAGCUGCUCUCUAUUCGCCUCUUUCAAGCAGUGAUGGAGUUGGUAGAGGAAGGGGGUAAAAUGUCCCUACAGAGGAAUGUACGCCAGAGCCUGUUCCCACUGUUCUGCCACUUGCAUGACAAGAACCAGUUUGUGGCAGAGGCCUCUUGGGAAACUCUGCUUCAACUUAACACAUUUCUGCAGGAAAGUAAAUUAGAGGAUCUGUUGGAAAGCAAAUGGAGAGGUGAAAAGUGCAUGGUGCCGACCAUUGUGAGGGACAUUUACCAAUGGCUCUCCUAUGUCAGGGAUGUGGCUGCUGAGCACAGACUGGAUAAAACCCUGCAGGAGAUGACCCUGGAACAGCCACAUGAUGUAGUGGUGACCCUCCUGCGGUGUGCCACAUCAUGUGAUAGUGUUGCUAUGACCAUGUGGAGGGCGAUUGUCUCCUCAAGAAGAAUUGCAGAAAAGGUGCUGCCAGAGCUCCUCUGUGUGCUGGAAGACUGGCCGCAGCACAGCACAUCCACCUCUGAUAAGGACAAUGCAGAUGUCUUUUCCUUGGCCGCAACCAGAGCACUGUGGGAGAUCAUUCACCUGCCCCAGUGCCCAGAGAUAUUGAUUAUGUAUUUCCCGCGCCUCUUUGUGGCUCUGCUCUUCCAAGUUUUCUCCAGCACAGACCAGCUGCCAGUGGAGGUCAAAGCCUUCUGGAGGCAAUGCCAGCACAAGCACUGCCUGCCCAGCAACCCCACCAGAUUUGCAUUGGUGACCCUGAAAGCGCUGCUCUGUCACCUUGAUUAUGAGGAUGUGGUGUCUGGAGUUGAACGUGAGUGUGGGUGGGACACACUCCUCAACCCUGACACCCACCACAAUACAAUGGGUCUUCUGGCCAGAACAAUGCUCAGGACCUCAGAGUCCUCUUGUUACCGGAUUGCACGCUACCUGUUCAGGCUGCUCCGCAGAGAGGAAGCCCGCUGGGAGGUCGCUGCCAUGGCUUUCCUUGUUGAGAUCCUGCCUUGCCUUACCACAAAGCAAUGGGGUGAACGCAUCCUACAGCUUUUCCCAAUCUACCUGUGGAGGGAGUCCAGAGUGAUGCGUCUCCUGGUGCUCAGAUGCCUUGUGGCGCUCUGCAAGAGACCCUCUAUGGCCAACACAAUGUGGGCCCUGACUGAAAGCCUCACAGAGCUGCUGAAAGAGGAAGACAGGGAGGUGAGGGAGAUGACCCUCUCUGUGCUCAGCGACAUGCUCCUGAACAGAGAUGCGCCAAUUGCUACUUCCAUUGCUCUGCACCUGAUUGAGGCACUCCAGACACUCUUCGUCAAUGAUACUGGUCCUGUGCAGCUGCUCUCUAUUCGCCUCUUUCAAGCAGUGAUGGAGUUGGUAGAGGAAGGGGGUAAAAUGUCCCUACAGAGGAAUGUACGCCAGAGCCUGUUCCCACUGUUCUGCCACUUGCAUGACAAGAACCAGUUUGUGGCAGAGGUUAGAAUUUCUGAAAUGCUGCGGUUCCGCUACGGCGAGGACACGGGUGCGUGGGGAGCGGCGGGCAGGGAGCCGGGCCCGCGGGCUCUCCCGGGCUGGAGCGGCCGUGUCCCGCACGGGUGCCAGGGGCCAGCGCUGCCACCAGUCCCGCUGUGCACGGGAAGAGUGCUGGGUUUGGGGACCGAUAAACUCGCGGCACCGAGGGCAUACGUCAGGGAUACUGCCGGUUGA